AUGCCGCCGUCAGAGGUGCCAGAUGUUGGUGCGGCCAGCCCUCCACCCACAACCAUGGAUGCAGACACACAGCAGUUCUUCAACAUUGUGGAGCACAUCAAACUGGACAUGCACUCCAUCGGGGAGAAGCAACAGAUGCUGCAGGACAUGCACGAAAAGAGCAAGACCAUAACCAGGUCUGAAGAAAUGAAGAACUUGAGGGAGCAGAUGCAGGACACGAUCAACGCUGUCAGUAAACAGGCACACUCUGUCAAGGCCCAGCUGGAGCAACUGGACAAACUGAAUUCGGCUGCCAUGUACAAGGAUGGGGGUUCCUCUGAGGCCUCGUCCUCCUCUCGUAUGAGAACGUCGAUUACCGCUGGCCUGAAAAAGCGGCUAAAGGACUGCAUGGGUGAGUUCACAAGCCUUCGAAAGCGGGUGCAGCAGGAAUACAGGGAGGUUGUGGAGCGGAGGGUGUUUACAGUGACGGGGCAGCACGCGACGGAGGAGCAGAUCGACCGCAUGAUAGAGACUGGGGACGGGGAGGCGGUGUUCCAGAAGGCCAUUCUGGAUGCAGGAAGGGGCAAGGCCGUGCAAGUGCUGGCUGAGAUCAAAGAGCGUCAGAGGGCUGUGCAGGACUUGGAGCACAGCCUAUUGGAGCUGCACCAGAUUUUUCUGGACAUGGCCGUUCUUGUGGAGGCUCAGGGCGAAAUGCUGGACAAUGUAGAGAAGCAGGUGGAGAAAUCCGUGGCAUAUGUAGAGUCCGCUGUGAAGCAGCUGGUGCAAGCGAAGAAAUCCCAGGACAAAACACGCAGGCUGUACUGCUGCAUGGUCAUAUGCCUGUUGCUUAUCAUUCUUAUUGUAGUCCUUGCGCUUGUCAAGCCAGGCUUCGGUUAA